CCUCUGGCCAGCAUUUAAAUACCCCACAUUACUCCCAUUGACUAGCAGGAAGCACAAUGGCUAAAGCAAACAGACAAAGUGGGGGCGAGGGCGAACUGAAGGAUGGAGUGGUCAAUCAAGGAUUUGAGAUAGAUUUGCAAGAUGUAAAUAUGGCCUACCAGGAGGAACCAGCCAGUUCGGAAAAGACGUCUGGAAAAAGAUUUGGAUUGCAGAAAAUCAAGACUGGCAAUCCUCUAAAUGCCACAGAGAAUUACAUCAAUGCACACUCAAAAACUUUUAAAUACAUUGGGCUUGGCAUACUUGGAGCAGGUUUCGUGGCGUUCUUCGUCGCUGCCUGUGUGAUGAACUUUGAGCGAUCCAUUGGUCUUGUAGUCUUGACAUGUUUGGCAGUUGCAUCCAAAGCAUAUGAUUUGUUGAAAAAAUACAAGGGAGACAGCUUUCAGCGAUGUUUGGCUCCCACCGUCAGUCUUUUCCAGAAGAACUUGAGAUGGAUCAAAUGGGUUUUCAUCGCGUCCGCCGUGGUCUUGCUGAUUGUCUGGCUCGCUCUGGACACAAGUCAACGACCCGAACAACUGAUUUCCUUUGCAGGCAUCUGCAUGUUUGUCCUGCUUUCAUACAUCUUCUCAGCAAAUCGCCCAGCUGUGUCAUGGAGACCUGUGCUCUGGGGACUGGGCAUGCAAUUCUGUAUUGGCCUGUUUGUGAUCAGAUCAGAACCAGGGCUGAUUGCUUUCCAAUGGCUUGGGGAUCAAGUGCAGAUAUUCCUCAACUACACAAAAGCGGGAUCAUCAUUCGUGUUCGGAGAGCUGAUAUCGGAUAUUUUUGCAUUUCAAGCGUUGCCCAUUGUGGUGUUCUUCAGCAGUGUGGUGUCAGUCCUGUACUACCUUGGGCUGAUGCAGUGGCUCAUCGUUAAGAUCUCAUGGGUUAUGCAGCUAACAUUGGGAACCUCAGCCACAGAGACAUUAAGCGUGGCUGGCAACAUAUUCAUUGGACAGACAGAGGCACCACUGUUGAUCCGUCCUUACUUAAAGGACAUGACCGAAUCAGAGAUCCAUGCUGUCAUGACUGGAGGAUUUGCCACCAUUGCAGGCAGUGUAAUGGGGGCGUUCAUCUCCUUUGGUAUUGACGCGUCCUCUCUGAUAUCCGCCUCAGUGAUGGCUGCACCGUGUGCUCUAGCCAUCUCAAAGCUCUCGUACCCCGAGACAAAGAAAGUCCAAAAGUCAGACGAGGACAUUGUGCUGUUGUCCGGGGAGGAACGUAAUGUUCUGGAAGCUGCGAGCAAUGGAGCGUCUGCAAGCAUCGGUCUAGUCGCUAACAUUGUGGUGAAUCUUAUAUCCUUCCUUGCUAUCCUGGAGUUCAUUAAUGCCAUUUUAAGAUGGCUGGGCGGCAUGGUUGGAUAUCCUUAUGUCUCCUUCCAGCUCAUCUGCUCCUACUUGUUCAUGCCCUUCGCCUUCAUGAUGGGGAUACCUUACGAAGAGUCUUUCACGGUCGCAGAGCUGCUCGGCACCAAGCUCUUUCUGAACGAGUUCCUGGCCUAUGAGAAAUUGUCCGAAAUGAAAACGAAUCGGGUCGAAGGACUCGAUGAAGUGAUUGAUGGAGUAAGACAGUGGAUCUCUGUCCGAUCGGAAAUUAUCAGCACGUACGCCCUCUGUGGAUUUGCCAAUAUUAGCUCAAUUGGCAUGGUGAUGGGAGGCCUGGCAUCCAUAUGCCCAGCCAAAAAACAAGUUAUAGCAGCUUUGGUAGUCAGAGCACUAUUCGCUGGGACCUGUGCAUCAUUUAUCAAUGCUUGCGUUGCAGGGGUCCUCUUUGUUCCUCCUCUGGACUGCCUGAGCAUCUUCAGAACAUCUGUGUUCAAUGGGACGGAGGGGAACAUUCAAACAUGCUGCAGUGACCUCUACGCAAGCACUGUAAACAAUGGAAAUAUCACAUUCAUUGGGUCUUGGACUGCAGUUACCAACGCCACUCAGUAUUUUACUCAGUGUUGUGGAAUUUAUGAGGCGCAAAUAUGUAAAUAGUACCGGGGACCUCAAAUAUUUUGUUUAUCUUCUUUUGCUGUUUUUUACAAAUGUCCUUAUUGCCUGUGUGUUUACCCUUUAAAAUUUGUUCUAUAAAAUGAAAUGUAUCUUAUCUUGGAUUUUCUAUGGCGGAUUUGUCUUUAAUCUGUGGUUAAGGGUUAAUUCAUUUAUUUGAGAAAUAAUCACAUUUCUGAGAAAUAAUAAGUUUUAAAUUAAGAUAUUAUAUAUUUUUUUAAAGUUCCAACUUGUCUUUCUUUAUGUACAUUGUGCAUGUAUGAAAACUUUUUAAAAUAA